AGGGGGGUGUUCGCUUGCUAUGCAACACCUCAGCGUCUAUUUCUGUCCUUUAAAAGGCAGCUCUUCAGGUCAGGGCAGUCAGCAGACACCUCUUUGCCUGUAAGGAUCCGCUCACCAGGUGUGACCUCUUUCUCAUUAUCGGACCAAGGAUGAAGAAGAAGUUGAUCCUCGAUGUGGACACUGGAGUGGACGAUGCUCAGGCCAUCAUGGUGGCCCUCGCCGCUCCGGAUGUGGAGGUUUUGGGGAUCACUUGCUGUCAUGGCAACACACCCCUUGAGAACGUCCUCAAGAACACGCUGCGCGUCCUGAAAGCCUGCAACAGGCUGGAUAUCCCAGUGUAUCGUGGCUGCUCAAAGCCACUGCUGGCCCGUAAGCAACAUGCUGGAGAUUACCACGGGAAGGACGGACUGGGCGAUGUCCCGGAUCCAGAGGCUCCAGAUCUGAGCCUGCUGCAGAACAAAAAGGCUGCACUGGCUAUUAUCAAGAUUGCAAAAGAAAACCCUGGAGAGGUAACUCUGGUGGCCACAGCCCCCCUCACUAACCUGGCUGUCGCAGUACAACUGGACCCUUCCAUCUCUAAGAAGCUGAAGGCCCUUUACAUCAUGGGAGGAAACAUUGAAUCCAGGGGUAACACCACAGUGUGUGGGGAGUUUAACUUUGUGGCUGACCCCGAGGCUGCCUACGUCGUGUUGGACCGCUACACCUGCCCCACCUACAUCGCCUCCUGGGAGUUCAGCUGCAGGAACAGCCUGCCGUGGUCUUUCUGUGACCAGUGGCUGGCCCAAAACUCUGAGAAAGCUGCCUUCAUGAAGAAGAUCUCAAGCCUUUCGAUGAAGAAAGCUCAGUCAGCAGACUAUCAGAAGGAGAUCACUGAAGGAAAAGGCUUCAAUUCCUGCGACACCUACGCUGUAGCUGCCGCCAUCGAUGACACGUUCAUAACAGAGAGUGACGAGGUUGCAGUCACAGUGGAGUUGGAGGGGACCUACACCCGAGGCAUGAUGGUCCUGGACUACAUGGAGCUGCUGAAGAAGAAACACAAGGCUUUCAUCAUGAAGAAAGUUGACUUGGAGAAGCUCAAGCAAAUGUUCAUGAAUUCGCUCAAGUAGAGUGGAAACUGCAAGCAAGCUGAAUGCACGAAAUUGGUUCAACGAGAGUAAAAACAAAAUAAAAAUGAAAGACGCAAUAUCUUA